AUGGCAAACCGGGGAAAAACUCACAAUGAGGAGGUCUACUGCAUCAAAGACCUCGAGCGACUGGGCUCAAGCAAGAUGCAAAAGGCUUAUCGUGAAUAUUACAACGAGGGGGCUAUGGACCUGAUCACGCUGCGAGAAAACGAAUCAGCGUACGAUCGAUACAUGAUCCGUCCCCGCGUACUCCGCAAUAUUUCCAAACUGGACACCAGCACCUCCAUCGUCGGAUGCAAGGUGAAAUUUCCGUUUGGAUUCUCUCCAACUGCCAUGCAAACACUGGCACACCCCGACGGAGAGGAGGGAACAUCCAAGGCCUGCGCCAAAAUUAAUACUCUGAUGGGUCUAUCAAACUACUCUACAAAGGAUCUUGAAAAGGUGAUCGCACACGGCAAGGGAAACCCUUACGUGAUGCAGAUGAGUCUUCUCAAGAACAAAAAGGCUAUGAUCCAGAUGAUCAAACGGGCGGAAGCCGCCGGGUUCAAGGCACUAUUUGUCACCCUUGACGUACCUUACCUGGGUCGUCGACUCAAUGAGUACCGUAACAAGUUCGCGGUGCCUGAAGGCAUGGAAUACCCAAACCUCUUUCCGGGCGUUGAUGUGACCAAUCUUGAGGACGGGGAUGAGUCAAUGGCCUAUGACGACUCUAUUGAGUGGCCUGAUAUUAGGCCCUUCUUCCGUCAAUAUACAAAAAUGCAGAUCUGGGGUAAAGGAAUCUACAACGCCGGAGAUGCUCUGCUCGCCAUAAAGUACGGCUUCGACGGGAUUGUAAUCUCGAACCACGGCGGUCGCCAGCUUGAUAGUGUCCCCUCCACCCUCGAUGUUCUCCGCGAGAUUGUCCCUGUCGCAAAGGGCAAGAUUCCCAUCGCUGUCGACGGUGGUAUCCGACGUGGUACAGACAUUUUUAAGGCUCUAGCUCUCGGCGCCGACUUUUGCCUGGCUGGCCGACCGGCCAUUUGGGGUUUAGCUUACAACGGCCAAGAGGGUGUGGAGCUUGCUCUCAACCUGCUUUACGAUGAGUUCAAGACAUGCAUGGCAUUAGCAGGUUGCAAAAGCGUGUCUGAAAUUCAAAAGGAGUUGGUGUCGCUGCUCCAACCUGAUGGUCGUUUGUUGAAGUUGUAA